CUCCAUCAACUUGAUCUUAAAUAUUUUAAGGUCAACGUUAUACAGAAUGUUACAAAUUACACUCUUGGCAGACGAAUGGAAAUCUUCCAAAGGCGGUCUUUCGACCAUGAACAGAGAGUUGGCUAUAGAGUUGGCUAAACGACCCAAUGUAGCGGUCACUUUCCUUGUUCCGAAAUGCGGUGAGACAGACAAAAAUGCAGCUUGCAGGCAUAAGAUUCAAGUUGUAGAGGCACAAGAACGACCCGGCUUUCCACCUGUUGAUUGGUUGUGUUUCCCACCAAAAGAUCUCGUUAUUGAUGUUAUCGUUGGUCAUGGCGUACCGCUUGGAAGGCAGGCUCAAAUCAUAAAGGAAAGCCAUUGCUGUACGUGGAUGCAAGUCGUACAUACCACCCCAGAAGAACUUGCGAUGCACAAAACGUAUCCUGAUGCCAUCUCCAAAGGUGACGAAAAACAAUGGACUGAAUUAAAACUGUGUAAAAUGGCUGAUUUUGUCGUAACAGUUGGACCCAAACUUUUUGAGUUCUACUCAGUUCACCUCGAGCAGUUUGGUAAAACUGUCUUUAAUCUUACCCCAGGUAUUUUUACUGAAUUAUCUGAUUUGGCACCAUCGACCCAAGGAGCUAAGAAGUUUCGUGUUCUGUUAUUCGGACGUGGUGACUCUGAAGAUUUCGAACUUAAGGGACUCGACAUUGCUGCUAAAGCGGUCGCCGAGUUAAAUGACAGAAGUUACCAACUCAUUUUUGUAGGUGCACCUCGUGGAAAGGAAGCAAAAGUGAGAGAUGAGUUACUCGAGCAAGGCUUACACCGGAAUCGAAGUCAACUGACCGUGAAAGGAUUUAUUGAAAAUCGCGAGGACCUAGCUACGCUGCUACCUACGGCUAAUCUUGUUGUUAUACCUUCAAGAACCGAAGGAUUUGGUUUGACAGCCCUAGAAGCCCUAUCCGCUGGUUUGCCAUUCCUUGUUAGUCAGAACAGUGGAUUUGGUGAAGCGCUGGAAGAAAUACGUCCUGGUCUUUCUUGGAUCAUAGAUUCGGAUAAUCCAGAGAAAUGGGCUAAGGCCAUCAAAGGUGUACGAGAAAAAGGCAGAGAAACAGCACUAAAGGAGUGCCAAGAACUACGCACUCUCUAUGCUGAGAAGUAUAGCUGGGAGAAACAGUGCAAAGAUCUUGUGGAAACGAUGCUACCUUUGGUUAAGGAUAAACUUCAAACUUCAAACAGCGAUCAAGGGGCCAGGCCAAGAGAGGCGCCCCCGGAUCCUCUUUCAAGCAUUGAUAGAACCAAGCUGAAAGAGAAACUUCAAACUUCAAACAGCGAGGGGCCAAGGUCAAGGCAAGGGGCCAGGCCUAAAGAAUCGCCUCCUUCUAGCAUUGAUAGAACUAAGCUGAAAGCUGAAGACAAAAUGCCACUGCUAGGCAGUGUGUCCGAACCUGAAAGAAAUCGAGUGGAGGACAAAUCAGUACAGCCACCAAGACGGAGAAACUCCUUGCAGGAGGAUCAGCCCAUUACAGAACUAAGAACAGAGAGCAUUUUCUUUACUGCUAAACAAAGUAGAAAGUUACAUCUCUUCAACUGUGACCGGACCUACAAUUUAGACGUCGUCGAAGAUCUGUUAGCAGCAAUGAAAGGAAAACUCGGCUUCGGCUCCGGGGAGAAACACUAUUUUUCGCCCUCUCAGAUGUCUGACAUGACCACCAAUAUCAUUCCCAACCUACAAAUGGACAUGGCAUUUUUUGUAGUCCAUGCACACGACUCUCGGCUGUCGAUCAACGAAGACAACGCUGGAAUCGGUUACGCAAAGAUCUACAGAGCUCUACUGGAAGCAACGGGACGGAAAGUCAUUAUCAUUAUUGGAGGGGAUGACAACUACGAGAGUGAAGACGAAGAAGAACGAGUCGUCAUUUCACGAUGGGCAAGGAGGAAGAUGAACUCACAAUUUAGUGACGAAUAUUUAGAUGGAAGUAAAAGUUUCAUCUUUUCUUGGAACAAGAAACACAGAGCAAUUCACGAAGAAGCAUUACUGCAUUACUUUAAUCCAAGCAAGAAAGGAGAGAAGUUUGAAAUUCAGCCGAAACCAAAGCAACCGGAAAUCGUUAAAUCGGCACAGACAACGAGCGAGAGAACCCUUUUGCGGAAAUAUCAGUCCAUGGUUGAACAAAGAAGACGAGAAGGUUUUGGAAGCAGCAACUCCUCCAGUGUUGAACAAAGACGACAGGACUUCGCUUCCAGUCGCUCGUACAGUGCCGACCAAACCAGUGAGCACAGCUUUUCCGAUCGUUCCACGGACGCUAAACCAAGAGAAGACGAUAACAAAUUCAGUCAUCCCAGCAGUAGUGAAUAUAGGAGAGACGACAACCUAUUCAGUCGUCUUAGCAGUACUGAACAACGAAGAGAAGGCAGCAUAUCCAGUGAUUCCAGAAAUGUUGAACAAAGAAAAGAUGGCCCCUCCCUAAGCAACCUCGGUAACGACAAAUACAGGGUUAAUAAAGCACUUGUUCACCCCGUACAAAGAGCCUUGCGUUCGAAGACUGAAGACUUGGGAAUUCUUUGCUGUAAUGUGUCAGAGGAUUCCAUACGGGCCGUGUUGCAAGUUUUUCAAGACAUUGCUCCCAAACUGAAUCUCUCGGCAUGUCCUCCAUUUGAAAACCUUCCGCUCCAUGAAAUCAAGCGAUAUUUGACAGAAGUCCAUCUCAAGGCCUGUGUACUAGUGGUGGAUGGCGAAACAAUCAAAGAUGCUUACUUAAACCUACCUCCACGAAAAGAAGAAUACCAAGGACUUCUGGAAACAGUGGCAAAUACAUUGAAAAAGUCAUCAUUUUGGUCUGCGAUAACUGCUCUUUACCACCAAUGNGAAUACCGAGAACUUCUGGAAACAGCGGCGAGUAGAGUUGUUGAAAAAGUCGUCAUUUUGGUCUGCGAUAACUGCUCUUUACCACCAAUGGACGAAGAGAUCGUCAUUCGAACAAUUGAAGACACAAUAAUUCGAAGAGGAAAGGGCCAUAUUGCGUGGUUGAAAAAUGGAAAGCUGUCUGUCGAUCCCGAUGCUUUGGUCCAUUGUCUGAUGUCGACAUCACGAACACCUCAACCAAAUCCACAGAGGAAUCCUUCAAAAGCUUCCCAAGAGAAGAACAGUGAUACCAGGGGCUCAGCAGCGGAAUCGUUUUCCACCUCCUCAGGGCAAUCACAAAGUGAUCCUCCUCAAAGAAAAGGACGUGGGUGCACUGUACCAAAUAUGCAGCUCCCAACGCAACGAGCCCCAGCGACAACUCGGCUAUACCAUCCUCCUGUUACAACUCGUACGGGAGAGUCUGUCUUGCUGAGAAGUUCACUUUUUAAUGGAAGAAUAUCUUAUCAGCCAGAAGAUCUUCAACUAUGGGACCCCGCAUUUACGGUCCCGGAUCACAUUAAUCAAAAUCUGUUUCAACA